GAAAAGGCCAUAAAUUGCCUCGCAGAGCGCUUUUCUUGCUGUAGGACAUUCCCUGGAGGAAGAGUUAAGAUGCAGAUUUUGCGUCAGAUGCUAUCAAAGGCUCCGAGGACUUGGCUAGGUUAAAUCUCUCUGCCACAUGUGCCUGAGCAGGUUGUUUGCAAAGGUCAAUCUCCCAGUCUCUUGCAGCAGCAGCUAACAUUUCUCAGCUGCUCUUGGCUCAGUCCUCAAGAUACACCAUUCGAAGGAAGAUUUGCAUUAUUUAGAUUUGCAUUAUUUUUUUUUCAUUUCUUUUUGUUUUGUUUUAUUUGAAAGUAGGCACAUUGCAAAACAAUAAAAAAAACAACAACAGCAACUUACAAUGACCCUAUUGCACAUGCACCUGUAUUUCAUCAGCUUGGUCUUCUGGAUUAUACCGAAAUCAAGCUCUUUUAUACUGUCCAAUGCCACUGAGCUAUUGUAUCCCUCCAGCAGCCCUCAGGCUGGUUUAGUGUCUGCCCUCGGGGUGCCGAGGAGUCGCCGAAAGCGAUACAUCUCUCCGUGGGACAUGAGUGCUCUUUUGGACUACCACAACCAAGUACGGGCACAGGUCUCUCCGCCAGCUGCCAACAUGGAGUACAUGGUGUGGGAUGAGAGACUAGCCAAGUCUGCUGAAGCCUGGGCCGCACAGUGCAUAUGGGACCAUGGGCCACCACAGCUGAUGAAAUACAUUGGCCAGAACCUCUCCAUCUACUCUGGCAGGUACCGGUCAGUCGUGGAUCUAGUGAAAUCCUGGUAUUACGAGAAGCAGCAUUACUCCUUCCCCUACCCUCGUGAAUGCAAUCCCAGGUGCCCCUCCAAAUGCAGUGGUUCUGUCUGCAGCCAUUACACCCAGAUGGUGUGGGCCUCCUCCAACAGAAUCGGCUGUGCCAUCAACACCUGCACUAACAUGAAAGUGUGGGGCAGCACAUGGCGGCAGGCAGUGUACUUAGUGUGCAACUACGCCAUCAAGGGCAACUGGAUAGGAGAAGCUCCUUACAAGGUGGGGAGACCGUGCUCUGCCUGCCCACCCAGGUAUGGAGGCCUCUGCAGCAACAACAUGUGCUUCGCGGGAUUCCAAUCCAACAAAGUGAGCGGGCUCUGAGCCUCGGAGAGCUCUUCCCGGCAGCUGGAGAAGUAGAGCUGCAGCUGGCGACAGGAGCGCGAGGGAAAUGCUAUGGACAAUGUUGUGCAAACUAGGGGAAUUAUUUAUAACUGUGACAUUCCAGGCUGCUUCUCCCCAAGCUGCAUUUAGGAAGCUUUAGUCAGGAAUGGCUCUCAAGAGCUGGCAGCAUCUUCCUGUCAUUAUUCUCUGCUCUCCCAGCUAUAGCCUGCUCCCCGAGUGCUGUAUAGGGACUGACUGUGCUGUCACCCUGUCUCUGUUGCCCAGCUCCCGAGGGAACGUGUGUGGCGGUUCUCCUAUGAGGGUGUUGCAGGUAGGGGGGUAUUGCAGGAGCAGUCACACUGAGAUGCCUGUCUUGUUCCCAGCUCUAAGGUUCCCCUCACUCGCCUCCUGCUCACAUGUAAGGCAGCUGAUCAUUGUCAGUAGUGCUCAGACUUUCCUCUCAUCACCCACGGCCCUGCCAGGGCUGAGCAGGCAGGGAGGUGACACCACAUACGGGCCCACGACCUUCCUUGUCA